UAAUUGAAGAGAAGGAGAGGAGUAAAGAGGAGGAACAUCAUGUCAAAAUUGAGGAAAAAACUCAUUUACAGACUGAUUUUAAAAGGAGAGACAAUAAUUGUUUCACCUGCACUCAGUGUGGAAAGAGUUUUGGAAGAAAAGACAUUCUUAAGAUUCACAUGAGGAUCCACACUGGAGAGAAACCAUUCACAUGCACUCAGUGUGGAAAGAGUUUCAGCUGCUCAUCACACCUUAAUCAACACAUAAGUAUCCACACUGGAGAGAAACCAUUUACUUGCACUCAGUGUGGGAAUAGUUUCAGCCAAUUAGCACACUUUAAUCAUCACAUGAGGAUCCACACUGGAGAGAAACCAUUCACAUGCACUUACUGUGGGAAGAGUUUCAGCCAAUCAUCAAACUUUAAUAAACACAUGAGGAUCCACACUGGAGAGAAACCAUUCACAUGCACUCACUGUGGGAAGAGUUUCAGCCAAUCAUCAAACUUUAAUAAACACAUGAGGAUCCACACUGGAGAGAAACCAUUCACAUGCUCUCAGUGUGGGAAGAGUUUCAGCCAAUCAUCAAAUUUUAAUCAACACAUGAAGAUCCACACUGGAGAGAAACCAUUCACAUGCACUCACUGUGGGAAGAGUUUCAGCCAAUCAUCAAACUUUAAUAGACACAUGAGUAUCCACACUGGAGAGAAACCAUUCACAUGCCCCCAGUGUGGGAAGAGUUUCAGCCGAUCAUCGUCCUUUAAUUUACACAUGAGGAUCCACACUGGAGAGAAACCAUUCACAUGCACUCAGUGUGGGAAGAGUUUCAGUUGCUCAUCUCACCUUAAUAAACACAUGAGGAUCCACACUGGAGAGAAACCUUUCACAUGCACUCAGUGUGGGAAAAGUUUCAGACACUCAUUAUUUCUUAAACAACACAUGAUGAUCCACACUGGAGAGACACCAUUCACAUGCACUCAGUGUGGGAAAAGUUUCAGCCAAUCAUCAAACUUUUACCGACACAUGAGGAUCCACACUGGAGAGAAACCAUUCAUAUGCACUCGGUGUGGAAAGAGUUUCAGCCAAUCAUCAAACUUUAAUCUACACAUGAGGAUUCACACUGGAGAGAAACCAUUCACAUGCACUCAGUGUGGGAAAAGUUUCAGCCAAUCAUCAUCCCUUAAUCACCACAUGAGGACCCACACUGGAGAGAAACCAUUCACAUGCACUCAGUGUGGGAAGAGUUUCACACGCUCAUUAUCUCUUAAAGAACACAUGAGGAUUCACACUGGAGAGAAACCAUUCACAUGCACUCAGUGUGGGAAGAGUUUCAGUCAAUCAUCAUCCUUUAAUCACCACAUGAGGAUCCACACUGGAAAGAAACCAUUCACAUGCACUCAGUGUGGGAAGAGUUUCACCCAAUCAUCAAACUUUAACCGACACAUGAGGAUCCACACUGGAGAGAAACCAUUCACUUGCACCUAAGCCACAGUUACACUGGACCUUUCUUCCCAAAGACUUCCAUUCAUAUGCAUGCAAAUGCGUCAGACUGUAAACGCAAGUUUGAGCGUCAAGUUUUGCAGUUCACUACGUUGCAGAGUUCAAGCUUGGUGAACUCUGACCUGC